CCUGGACCACCUGGCCCACCGGGACCACCAGGCCCACCGGGACCUCCUGGACCACCAGGUCCUCCUGGACCGUUUGGACUUCCUGGACCACCUGGCCCACCGGGACCACCAGGCCCACCGGGACCUCCUGGACCACCAGGUCCUCCUGGACCGUUUGGACUGUAGGGGCAUCUAGGAUCAUGCCCACCGGGACCUCCUGGCCCACCAGGACCUCCUGGACCACCUGGUCCUCUUGGAUCACCAGGGCCGUAA